GUCCUGCGCUGCGCGCCCCGGGGCUCGGGCCGGCGCCAUGGAUCGAGGCCGGGCUCCUGUCAGAGGUGGGCAGAGUGAGUCAUUUGAAAACUUGUUUAGUGACCUCUGCUCCUUCCUAGAAGUGAUGGCUAUGCUGACACAGCACCUGGCACACAGUAGGAGCUUGCCUCAGGUGGCCUGAUUCAUGAUAAGUGCUGGAGCAGCUCAUCCCAGAGCUCACAGGGCUACUCAGCCUCCUGGACAACGAGUACCUCAGUGACACCACCCUGGAGAAGAAGAUGGCUGUGGCCUCCAUCCUACAGAACUUGCAGCCCCUCCCAGCCAAAGAAGUUUCCUACCUGUAUGUGAACACUGCAGACCUCCACUCUGGGCCCAGCUUUGUGGAGUCCCUCUUUGAGGAAUUCGACUGUGACCUGAGUGACCUCCGGGACAUGCCAGAGGAUGAUGAUGAGACCAGCAAAAGAGCCAGCCCAGAGCCAGCCAAGAGCCCAUCUCUGAGGAAUGCAGGUGAGUUGCCUCCACCACUGCCCAGCAAGCCUCCGCCUGAGGACUACUACGAGGAGGCCCUCCCGCUAGGCCCCGGCAAGUGCCCAGAGUACAUCAGCUCCCACAAUGGCUGCAGCCCAGCCCACUCCAUCGUGGAUGGCUACUAUGAGGACGCAGACAGCAGCUACCCCACGACCAGGCUGAACGGCGAGCUGAAAAACUCCUACAAUGAUUCUGAUGCAAUGAGCAGCUCCUACGAGUCCUAUGAUGAGGAGGAGGAAGAAGGGAAGGGACCGCAGCCCAGGCACCAGUGGCCCUCGGAGGAGGCCUCAAUGCACCUAGUGAGGGACUGCAGGAUAUGCGCCUUCCUGCUGCGGAAAAAGCGCUUCGGGCAGUGGGCCAAGCAGCUGACGGUCAUCAAGGAGGAUCAGCUCCUGUGUUACAAAAGUUCCAAGGACCGGCAGCCACACCUACGGUUGGCACUAGGUGUCUGCAAUGUCAGCUAUGUGCCCAAAGACAGCCGGCACAAGAGACACGAGCUGCACUUCUGCCAGGGUGCCACAGAGGUCUUGGUGCUGGCUUUGCAGAGCCGGGAGCAGGCUGAGGAAUGGCUGAAGGUUGUUCGGGAGGUGAGCAAGCCAGCCAGAGCCGAAGGACUGGAGGCACCCAGGUCCCCAGUCAUCCUGUGCAAACUAGACCCAGACAAGAGAUUGUCCCAAGAGAAGCAGACCUCAGACUCGGACAGCGUGGGCAUGGGGGACAACUGUUCCACCCUUGGCCGCCGGGAGGUGUGUGAACACGGUAAAGGGAAGAAGAGCAGCCUUGCAGAGCUGAAAGGCUCUAUGAGCAGAGCAGCGGGUCGCAAGAUCACCCGCAUCAUCAGCUUCUCCAAGAAGAAGGCCCUGGCUGAUGACCCACAGACGCACUCUGCAGAGGAGGAGGUUCCAUGCUGUGGCUACCUGAAUGUGCUGGUGAGCCAGGGCUGGAAGGAACGCUGGUGCCGCCUCCAGCGUGGCACACUCUAUUUUCACAAGGAUCGCAAUGACCUGCGCACACAUGUGAAUGCCAUCGCCCUCUGCGGCUGUGAGGUGGCCCCAGGCUUCGGGCCCAGACACCCCUUUGCCUUCAGGAUCCUGCGCAACAGACAGGAGGUGGCCAUCCUGGAGGCAAGCUGUUCAGAGGACAUGGGUCGCUGGCUGGGGCUGCUGCUGGUGGAGAUGGGCUCCAAAUUCACCCCUGAGGCACUGCACUAUGACUACGUGGAUGUGGAGACCUUAACCAGCAUCGUCAGUGCUGGGCGCAACUCCUUCCUAUACGCAAGAUCCUGCCAGGAUCAGUGGCCUGAGCCCCGCAUCUAUGAUGAUGUUCCUUACGAAAAGAUGCCGGAUGAGGAGCCCGAGCGCCCCACAGGGGCCCAGGUGAAGCGCCAUGCCUCGUCCUGCAGUGAGAAGUCCCAUCGAGUGGACCCACAAGUCAAAGUCAAGCGCCACGCCUCCAGUGCCAAUCAAUACAAAUAUGGAAAGAACAGAGCUGAAGAGGAUGCCCGGAGGUACUUGGUAGAAAAAGAGAAACUCGAGAAAGAGAAGGAGACAAUCCGGACAGAGCUGGUGGCGCUGAGGCAGGAGAAGAGAGAGCUGAAGGAAGCCAUUCGGAGCAGCCCAGGAGCGAAAUUAAAGGGUCUGGAGGAAGCCAUGGCCACCCUGGAAGCUCAGUGUCGGGCAAAGGAAGAACGCCGGAUAGACCUGGAGCUGAAGCUGGUGGCUGUGAAGGAGCGCUUGCAGCAGUCCCUGGCAGGGGGCCCAGCCCUGGGCCUCUCCAUGAGCAGCAAGAACAAGAGUCGGGAACCUACAAAUAAACCCCAGACCAGUGCCCCAGAGCAACCUCUGCCCGUCAACUGUGUUUCUGAGCUAAGGAAGAGGAGCCCAUCCAUUGUGGCCUCCAACCAAGGAAGGGUGCUGCAGAAGGCCAAGGAAUGGGAAAUGAAGAAGACCUAGAAAGAGAAUGCAAAUUUCAUUCCAAAGGAAAUACCAACUUGUCCUUCUAAAGGAGAAAUGCUUUGUUACAAGGAGAUACCCUGAGAAAACUGGAAGUGGUCCCUAUUCUCCAGACCAGCCAAAAGACCAGCUUUCGUCAUCUGCAUGAUUUUAGGGGAUUGUAUGGGAGGGAAGAACCAAAAAGGAAGAUGGAAGUAGAGGACACCUUUAUGACUUUCAGAGAAUGGAACUGGGGAUAGGAAACAGAAGCCUACACAAUUGUAAGGACUUUUUUAGAUGCCUUCACCUUUCCUUCUGGAGAAGAGAAGAAAGCACCUGUGAAUAAGCCCAUCCAUCCCAA